AUGAAGGUAUAUUUAAUAAUUCACAUUGUGUACGGAAUCAUUACAUAUGAUUCCAAUACUAUUACUUCUUUUGCUUAUUAGUAUAGUGGAGGAAGUAAAUGCAUAUCACCUUAACAACGAUAAAAAACAGUCUAUUUUUCUGACAUAUUUGCAAGACCUCCAAAAAUAAUUUUAUAAACUCAAAUGUUCGACUUGUAACAUCCAUAUCUAAAUUUCACACUUCAGAUUAUGACUGUUACAACAGAUUGUAUUAUUUAUCAAAGUAUUAGAUUUUAUACUGCAUUAAAAGUGCGAUUAUUCAGUAGUCCAUGGUAUUGUAAUUAGAUGGUAAGCAAUGGAUGAUGAAAGAAUUUAAGUUAUAAAUGAGUUUAACAUGAUUUCAUUAGAGAAUAAAACUUAUUCUCACAUCAACCCUAAUGUCGAAGAGGCGAUUAUCUCUUUGAUUAAUUUAUCCUAUAAGGGUUCUAUUAAGUUCAAUAUCGAGGUAUUUAUUAAGAGAUAUCUACUUAGAUCUCUGAAUUAACAAGAAAAAAUGUAUCUGUUGUAAUAACGAAUCCAAACGAUGGCUUAAAAAAUCUACUUGUUUUGGGUUAUUAAGUAAUUUUAGGAGUCAAAGAAGCUAUUUCAAAUUUUAGUUCGAUCUAUACAACUGCUGCCUAUACAAGUCCUCAUUAUAAUUUUCAGGAUUCUUCUUGGUUGAUUACACCUUUCAUUGGGUUUUCUUAUGAUGUAACAGCUAACAUUAGACUUAAUUUAACUCAUUAUUCAGAUCAAUAGGCUAUUUGGUAUCAGCUUAAUUCAUUUGUAGGUACAAUUGAUUCAUAUGAUUUUAGCUGGGACCCAUUGGCAGUAUUAUGCACCACAAAGCCAUUAGCCAGCAUGGCUCAAGUAUUCAUUUACAACCAUAUACACAGCAUUAGAAUGUAGAACUUUAAGAAUUACAUAAAUAAAAGAAAGACAAGCAGUUUUCAGAAAUUCUUUUGAAGUUGAAAUUUUGGAAACUUCUUAAUUAUUCAAUACUUAAGAUACAUUUUAAAUAAUUCUUGAUAAAAGUUAUUAGUUAAUAAACAUAAAGAUUUAUGCAAAAUGCUUUACAAAUAAAUCUAUUAAAAGUUACUUAAAUAAAUGCAACGGAUGCUUGCAAAAUUAAUAACACUAGUUUUAGCAUAAUUGCUACGGGGCUAUCAAUACAAUUAACUUCUCAAUUAAAUUAUUCCCAACAAUUUUGGCGUAUUAAGAAUUAAUAAUUAUAAUAUCAACUAUUGAUUGUUAAGUAUUUUAAGUACUAUACAAUGAAGAAAAGAGUUAAGUCAAACUCAUAGAUAUCAAACAAAUUGACACUUGA